AUGAAUGAGUGUAGUAGUAUAAUAUCAACACAGGAUAAACAACUAUAUCGAGAGAUGUUGUUGACAUUGUUGACAAAGUUCAAUCAUCUUGGUCAGAGUGGAAAGAUAUCCAUUCAUUUAUCAAUCAUUAUAUCACAUGUGGCACGUAUUGAUUAUCCAACUGAAUGGCCAACAUUGUUUCAAUCGAUGUUUACACUAUUGGAGCAGGGCAACGAUGAUAACAAGAAGAGUGCGAUGAUUACGAUCAAACAUAUAUUGAACGAGUUGGCCUCGCGAUGCUUCUUGCCCGAGCGCCAAGCACUCUACGCCAUCUCCAAUCAGCUGUUCAAGUUCUUCAGUCCGUACAUUGAGAAUGGCACCAAUCUACUGGCUCAGGUGCUCGAACAUGCAGCUACGCUACAGCAACAUCUCAGCUCACUUGAGCAGUUGUUGAUGGCGGCCAAGAUCAUGCGACGAAUCAUUCAAUAUGGACAUACAGAGUAUCAAGAGAGCUCUGAGAUCACCAAGCACUUCAACUACCUCUUCAACACACUGUCGCGUCUACAUUCACUGAGGUCGAACAUUAUCCAACCUCACACACAGACGAUCACUCAGGCACAGCUUCAACAUCCAUUGUCAUUCAUUGAGUUCCUUCCAUCAUCUUUGAACUACUUCAAUCAGCAGAUACUGCGGUACAACCCGCAUGCCAUGGACGACAAUGCAAAGAGGUCUUUCUUCAAGAAGUCGUUGGUCCAAUCACUCACAUUCCUAAAGUCAGUGGUCGAUUGUCACAGCUAUCAGACAGAGAUGAUGUUUGAGGAUGACGACGAGUCAGAGCCCAUCUCCAAGCUGGCCGCACAGACACUGCCCGACGUCAUCACUCCCACCCACAGGGCGCAGCAGUACGUCCAUCAGUUCUUCUCGGCCACACUAUUGUCUGAGCUGCUCAAGGCAUUGGUGUCCAACUAUCUGAUACUGACUGAGGAGGAGCUGUUGCAGUGGACUGACGACCCUGAGGAGUUCAUUCUUGACAUUGACAAUGGCGCAGAGUCCAACGCCUACGAGAUCAAGCCGGUCGCGUACUCUUUGUUCAUCCUGCUGAUGAGACACUUCCACGAGGUUGGCGUCAAGACUGUGCACGAGAUGUUGCUCUACGUCACCAGUGGCGCGAUGGCGCCCGGCCAGCCACAGACCACUCAGCAGCUGCUACUCAAGGAGGCCUGCUACAUGACCAUUGGACUGGGCUACUAUGACCUGUACGACAAUGUCAACUUUGACACUCUGUUCUCCAACGUAUUCAUGGUGGAGUUGCAGAUGCAGGACAAGCGAUACAACAUCAUCAGACGACGUAUAUGCUGGCUGAUCAGCUAUUGGAUACCAAAGAUACCAGAGAACAUGCGAAUGGCCAUCGUCCAGAUAAUCCUAGAAUUGACCAGCAUCGAUGAUCUAGUCAUCUCACUCACAGCAUGGGACUCACUCAAGGCUCAGAUUACACCAUUUGCUGGAAAUAUCAUCAAGUUGAUAUCGAGCAUGUGGAACAAUGGAGAAGCUCCACAUCAUUUGAAGAGCGCUAUCGUGCGUAAUUUGACACUGUUCUUGCAGGCGAUGAAUGGUGACCCUUCGGAAUACUUCACAUUCUUACUCCCAGUGAUCGAGCAAGCAACAAUGCCCAACACCGAGGAGUCAAUCUACCUCCUGGAGGACGGCCUCGAGCUCUGGUUCAACCUGAUCGGCCGCAUCAACGCCUUCCCCAGGCCACUGCUACUGCUCUUCCGCAACAUCAUUGGCGUGAUGCAACAUACCUUUGAGCACAGCCAAGUGUGCAUGAAGAUCCUGGAAGCAUAUAUACUCGUUGGCGGCCAGGAGUUCUUUUUGGCCUACGGCAAUGAUGUGGUGGGCGUGCUGGCGGCACUGCUCGGCGACAUCAAGGACAGCGGCACCAACUACAUCAUACGUCCAAUCGACCUCAUCAUUCAGAUGUACCCCGUGGACGGUGCCGUCCUGCUUCAGCCCGUGUUUGUCAAGCUGCUUCAACUGAUACACUCCAACGACGAGUCGGAGCUCUCGAUCGUGCAGUACCAGGCGGUGUUCACUCGUCUCAUCACGAUGAAUCCUGCUGCCUUCUUUGAGUUUAUCGAGAAGCUGCCGCAUCCACAACAGGUGUUCCGCUCAUACAUGGAGAGCUGGUUCGACAAGAUCGACUCGAUCGGCAGCUCCGAGGUCAGGAAGCUAACAUCGAUCGCCAUGUCCAACAUGCUGGCCAUGCCCAACAGCCAGGUGGUCGAGUUCAUCGCACAGCUGGUGAUUACGACGGCGGGUCUGCGUGCAGACAUCAACCCAGACGACUUCCAAGAGUUGUUGUUCUCUGAGGACGGCUUCCAUUUGCCCGAGAACAGUUUUGUUGAUAACAUGGUCAAAAAGGUUCAGUCCCAAGAUCCACUCUACAAACUAGACGAGGCUGCCUACUUUAUUGACAAACUGAACGAAUCAUCCAAAGUACAUGGUGCACUAUUCCAGCAACAGAUACAACAAGUACAUCCCAAAGUGCUCGAGCUGGCAUUCCCAGGACAACAGCAGCAGCAACAAAAUCAA